AUGAAUUCUACCACACAUUGUGAGGAGCUGGCACAGGGAAACAGCACUGCCGUGAAUGAGUUCAUUAUCUUGGGAUUUUCCAGUAGCCUGCUAGGGCAGGUGCUGCUUUUCCUGAUGUAUUUUGCUAUCUACACUCUCACCCUGCUGGGAAACAGUCUCAUUGUUCUCAUCACACUAGCUGACCCUGCCCUCCACAUCCCCAUGUAUUUCUUCAUGGGGAACUUGUCCUUCCUGGAGAUCUGCUACAGCUCAGUCACCCUGCCCAAGAUGAUGGUCAUCUCCCUCACUGGAGAUAACACCAUCUCAUUCAUUGGUUGUGCAGCUCAGAUGUAUUUUUUCCUUCUCCUGGGCUCUGCUGAAUGCUAUCUCCUGGCUGCCAUGGCCUAUGACCGCUAUGUGGCCAUAUGCCACCCUCUGCAUUAUGUGGCCAUCAUGGAGAGGAGGUCUUGCGCCUGGCUUGUGGCCAGCUCCUGGCUGAGCGGGAUUCCUGUCUCCUUCAUCCAAACCACCUUGGUUUUCACCUCCCCAUUCUGUGGCCCCAACAAAAUCGACCAUUUCUUCUGUGAUGUGGCACCUGUGCUGCGGCUGGUCUGCGCCGACACAUCAUGCAACGAGAUGUCCAACAUCAUGGUCACCGUGGUCUUCCUUGCCACCCCGUUCACCCUCAUCCUAACCUCCUACACCCGCAUCAUUGCCACUGUCCUGAAAAUGUCCUCCCUGGGGAGCAGGCACAAAGCCUUCUCCACCUGUUCUUUGCACCUGGUGGUGGUGAUGCUCUUUUAUGGCUCCGGCAUGGUCAUGUAUCUGCGUCCCAGAUCUAGCCAUGAGCCGGAGAAUGACAAGCUGCUGUCCCUCUUCUAUACCGUGGUCACCCCCAUGCUGAACCCCGUCAUCUACAGCCUGAGGAACGAGGAGGUGAAGGGGGCACUGCGGAGGAGGGUGGCUGGGAAGAGGUUGUCCCCAUUACAAUAAGGGUUUUGCCUCAGGCUGAUUUAGGACCCAAUCCUGAAGCCACCUAAGUCAAUCACAGUGCUCCCCUGGACUUCAAGAGCAACUGCAUUUCACAUGCCCAGUCUAAGACAGAGAGGAAGGAUAAUCUGGUGGUUUGGAGGAACUAUAAUGCAAUGGUUCUCACCCAAUCCUGAGAUUAAAAAAAAAAAGAUUCAUCUCCUUGCUCCACUUAAAACUUCCAGGGUGAGUCACUUAUGACAAGAAUUUCAGAUGCAUCCAACUAAUUUAGGAGUAUAAAUCCUUUUUAAUAAAGUCGUGUAGGGUCAGAUUUUCAAAGGCAUUUAGGUAUCUAAAGAUGCAGACAAAAACAACAGGGAGUCCAGUGGCACUUUGAAGACUAACAGAUUUAUUUGGGCAUAAGCCU